AUGCCCGACUUCGACACGUCUCCUAAGGCGUGCAGACACGAGAAUGAGAUAGUCAAAGACGAGACUAGCGGCCGCGGGUCGAUAUCAAGCACAGGUAAAGCAGAACUAGGAGAGAUCGAAGAGACCAGAAAUGGUCAAUUCCAUCGGUCCUUCUCACCUCGUCAGGUCCAUAUUAUUUCUUUAGGCUCCAACAUCGGAAGUGGUGUCUUCAUCGCUACCGGCAAAGCCCUAGCCAUCGGUGGGCCGGGUAACAUGAUUAUUGCCUACACUAUGGUGUGCACUUGUGUUUGGGCUGCCCUGCAGUCGCUCUCGGAGAUGACAAUUGCAUUCCCGGUUUCUGGGAAUUAUAUCGACUAUGUAGAUCGUUGGGUUGACCCGGCCCUGGCUUUUGGCGCAGGAUUUGCCGAGUGGCUUGGAUGGACGGCUAUUGUUGCCUCUGAAGCAGGAUUUUUCAAUGUUUUGGUUCAGUAUUGGGCUGGGGGAUCCUUGCCAUUAGCCGCGUCGAUUACAAUAUUCUUGGUCGCUUGUCUAACGAUAUUCGCUCUGCCGAACAAAGUGUUUGCUUGGUUUGAAUAUGCAACAUCGCUCAUCAAGAUUGUGAUAUUCCUCAUCAUCAUUUUACUUUCCCUAGCCCUCGUUCUGGGUGCUGGACCCAGCGGCUACGUCCAUCAUGGAGACACCUGGACUACACUUCCUCCAUUUCUGAAUGGCUUCACGGGAUUUGCAAAUUGCGCACUCCUUGCGGUCUGGGCUGUUGGUGAUCAGGUAUUCAUUGGGAUCAUGGGAGGAGAAGCCGAAAGCCCGCGAUACUCGAUGGCUCAUGCCACAAAGCUUGUGCCGUUCCGGGUCAACUUCAUCUACGUGGUCAGUGUUGUGUUCAUCACAAUCUUGGUCCCGUCGGACGACGAUCGUCUCCUAGGAGGUAGCGGUGUUGCCGCCUCGCCCUUUAUCAUCGCAGUUCAGGAUUCUGGCAUCCCCGGGAUAGCUUCAAUCUUGAACGCCGGAAUGAUUUGUGGUGUUGUCGCAAUUUCUGCUGAGAGUGUUUAUCUCUCGUCUAGAGUGCUGAGGACUAUGGCCCAUCAGAAUCUCAUCUGGGAACGCCUUGCUAAGGUGGAUUCCAAGGGACGUCCACGAUUGGCAUUGAUCAUCACAUGUGUCGUCGCUGUUGUUUUGUCUUACAUCCAACUUGCUGCUGGUGGCCUCACCGUUCUGAACUGGUUGAUCUCGAUCACUAGCGCUUCCUUCUUCACCAACUGGAUUAUUAUGUCCUUCGUCAAUUGGCGCUUCCACGGUGCACUGGAGGCACAACAUGACCCGCUUUUCACCGAGAUUUACGCUUGGAGAUCAUCUUGCUGGCCACUUGCACCAGCAUGGCUUACGCUUAUCUCUGUAUUCCUGUUGGUUUGCUGUAUCCUCUCGGGCAUUGAACAAGUGGGUGGGUCUGGCUUCAGUGCGUCAAAUUUCUUUCAGUAUAUGCUCGGAUUUCUGAUAAUCGCCGGCUUCACUAUCGGAUACAAGAUAAUUCACAGGACUCCCUUGAGGGAUCCAAAAACAGCAGACCUGAAGACUGGUCGACGUCCGUUGUCUGUUCAUGAGAUUAACAUGCUGGACACAUACUACAAACAGCCGGCAUGGAGGAGAUUUUUCACUUAUGUUCAAUUAUGGUAG